AUGCCCUGGAAUUCCCGGGACUUGGCUGGAGUCUAUGGAAUACGGGGCUGUGGAUCUGGGCAUCAGCCACCCCUGAGCAAGGACCCUGGGCUUAACCAGCUGUCCUCGUCUCAGAGCUCCUCCUCAUCGGCAGUGAGUGGGGAUUCCUGUCAAUCAGAAAGGCUGUCAGCUGGUGAAUUUGACGACGUCUUUAGCACAGAUUCUGAUGACGAAGAGGAUGUUGGAAUCACUCCAUCGCAGGCAGUGGUCCGCGAGGCCGACACAACCAAGGCCAUAAGACAGUUCAUUCAGUCGAACCCAUCUCUCUACAGUGAGAUCCUGCAGUACAAGCCCUUCGAGCUGUCCGACUUCCACCAGCAGCUCAAAGAUAACGGCAUAAAGGUUCCCAAAAGUAAGCUGGUGGAUUUCCUUGAUGCACAGUGCAUCACCUUUACCACAGCCCGAGCAAGAAAGGAGAUGAUGCAGCGGAGAAAGCAGGGCACUGCAAAGUGGUGUCGGAGAAAGCCAGGCCACAGCAAGAAGAGCAGGAUAAAACUGCUCGGCUAGAAGAACCAACCGUCUGCUGACACGCAAACACUGUACACUGUGUGUUCAUUCAGGUUGGAGUUAAUUGCCAUGAGUACUCUCUGUGGGAUAUUUCACCAAGUCCACCCCAUUCUCAUGGUUUGGGAUACGCUGGCCUCACUGGAACGUGUGUGAUGUGGCAAUGUUCUCAUUACAGAGAUCUGAUCUAAGAUGAACAUUGUCACUUUCAGCCAAGCUGUGGUCAACAGUCUGAGAUGAUGUGAAAUAAAUUCAGUGCCUAGAAAGGCCUGCCAGUGAGAGUGGGCGGGGCCCGCCCGUGAGAGUGAGCAGGGCCAGCCCUGGGUGUCAUUCAAUGCCUGGCAGAUCCUUCAGACUUGGAGCUGACCUCUCACUGAUGGCCAGUUCCUGGUGUAGAAUUGUGCUCGCGUUGGGCAGGCAUCGACAGCACUCGAAUGGGAAAGUAAAGGCUUUCUUCAAUGGGAUUGAUCCAGCAAACGUACUUAACUCCUACACUGGGUUCUCCUUUAAUCUGUAGCCCUGGCCAGAAACCUCACUGUUCAAAAUAUCCACAUUUUUGUAUUUAAUUGUAUAUUAAAAAAAUGUUCAAAACUUUGUAGCCGUGAAAUUGAGGAAAAAAAAGCAAUGUUUUGAAUUUUGGAUGUGAGAUUUGCUUCACCAGUGAUGCUGAUUUUUCUACAGUACCUAAAAUAGACUUUCAUUUUGAGAGUUUUGAUAAGCAUUGAUGACCUUGUUCAUUUUUACUUAGAACAUACGUUGUGUGUGUGUGUGUGUGUACUACUAUCAUUUUGUGCUGGUUUCCAAUCUCUACCACUGAUAAUGGACCAAGAGUUGUAUUUAAUGUUACUGAACUGUACUGAUAUUUUCUAUGAGAUUCAGCUGUAUGGUAGCAGAAUGCAACUAUUUAUUUUAGAAAAAGCAAAAUACACUUUUAAUCAUGUAUUUUCUAACCUCCACGAACUCCCUAUCUGUGCAGCGAAGGGAAGUGUCUUGCAGACUGUUAAGUGAUUUUUAUUUAUCUCUGUGUUCACAGAAUCUGGCAAUGCCAGCGUUUACUGCCCAUCCCUCACUUCCCCAGAUUUGAGGAGAGGAUCAGGAGUCAGUCUUAUCAGUGGGUCUGGAUCACAUGGGCCUGACUAGGCAAGGACAGCGGAAUUAUAGAUGGAUCAGACAGGUUUUUACAGAAUCUGUUAGUUCCAAAGUCACUAUCUCAGAUUGGAAUUCCAGAUUUAAUGACCCACUGCUGUUGUGGGAUGUGAAUUUGUAUCUAUGUCCAUGUGAAUAUCAGAUCACUUUGCAAUCUUGUGACAGUUGAGACAGGAAAAGGGCAAGUGAUAUGUUGCAUCUUUGGUCCAUAAGAGUUAUCUAAUUUAAAACUAAUUACAUUUUAUGAUACUCUUUCAUACUCUUUUGAUGUUGUAAAUUAAAACUGA